AUGGUAGAAUGUACUAAAACUAAGAUAAUCUUUUCUCAUCAUUUCAUGAUUCUUAAUGAUCUUGAAGCGAACUACGGAUUACCUAUUGAUGCAACAGUGAAUAAUGCUGGGGUUAGUGGACUCAUAUUUCAUGGUGAUGCUUUGAAAGCUUCAGGGAUUGGUGAAAGUGAGCUAGAAAUCGCAAUAAUCAACGAAUUAAUGACUCACAAUUAUUAUUUGGCAAAGGAGUGCGUGCAAGUAAACUACUAUGGUCCAAAAAGAAUGAUUGAAGCUUUUAUUCCUCUCCUUCAAUUAUCUGAUUCACCAAGGAUUGUUAAUGUUUCUUCAUACAAGGGAAAGUUAAAGGUACAAUCUUUCCACCUCGGCAAACGAAGCAAGCGUAGCUCAGAUCGCUUUGCUUCAACAGCAGAAAAAUGCUCUACAAACGACGCUAGCUCAGUUGGCACCACCGCCACCAGUGGGUGA